GCUUGAGUUCAUAUCGGGAAAGGAAAUGACGCCCAACAUUUUGCCAACCCGCAGAAGCACCACCGUCGCCAGCAUCUGCCAAACACGACACAAGCAGGGCAUUUGAUACACGACAUGACUAGAAGCUGUGGUACAAGAAGUUGUCGCCAGAGAUGUUCCCGGUGGUACCACUAGAUGUCACGCAAACAAACAACAUCCACUCCUGCUGGAUGAAGCCACUUAGCUCCUCUCUUCCACCCACUUUCAAGGAUGAGAUGCACUCGCUGCCUGUCACCGUUGAGCAUUUAAAGCGCUUGAUGCAGAGCUUCACGCAAACAAGACUCAUGUGUUGAGUCAUCUGCAGAAAGACACCAGCGGGCGCGCAAAUCCUCGGUCGUGCCUCGGAGCAAGGACGCAUCAUUUGGGGUUUAGUGGGGGCUCGGCUACCGCGCACAUCGAUCAGCGAUCGUCAAGCCCAACUCUUCGAUCCGCCUCGACCCGGAUGACCUCCAGGGAGUAAGAGUGCGCCGAAAGAUGCGCAUCCGUGCUCGUCUGACGCCAAACAAGUGUCGAGUCCGCAAUUAUUCGCUGGAUGAGCGAUGCCAGGGGUGACCAAGUAUAAUUUGGUGGAUGACUCCCUCGAUUUGAGGAUCCCUAUGCAUAACGAGGAGGUGUUCCAGCAUGGAGUCUGCUUCGAGGCAAAGUACAUUGGCAGCUUGGAAGUGGGUCGGCCUGGCAGCCGCAUGGAAAUAGUUGCUGCCAUGAGAAGAAUCAGAUACGAAUUCAAACUGAAGAACAUCAAGAAGAAGAAGGUCAACAUUGUUGUUUCCACCGAUUUUGUCAAAGUGAUAUUAAGGAAAAAGAAGCGAAAAGGUUGGUCGUGGGACGAGAGUACCAUCUUGGUCUCGCAGGAUCCCAUUUUCAGGAUUUUUUACGUCUCACAUGACGCGCAAGACCUCAAGAUCUUCAGUUACAUAGCGAGGGACGGGGAAAGCAACAGCUUCCGCUGCAAUGUUUUCAAGUCCAAGAGGAAGUCUCAGGCCAUGCGGAUCGUGCGGACAGUAGGCCAGGCGUUUGACGUGUGUCACCAGCUGACCUUGCAGAAGAAAACGGACGACCGGGAUGACGAGGAAGCGGAGGAGAAGGAUCCCGACGACCUGCCAGCCCACGAGAGGUUUGCGUUGUCAGAGGAGACCGACCUUGAAGCCACCACGGAGGAGAGCAUCGAGUGCAACACUUCAUCGGACCUGGGGAGGAACAAAAAGGUCAUCGCUAAUAAUGGCAAGAGCUCCGACGACGGCUCGCUUCUGCUGAGCUCCCCGGCCGGCAAAGGCGCGGAGGCCCCCCCCCGCGCUUCCGAGCACCAGCUCCAACUCCUGCACAAGCAGUUACAGCAGCAGGAGCAGCAGGCGCAGGCGGCAUCAGCUCAGGUGCUUAAGACAUUGCCCUUCACUUUUGACAAAGCAAAAAAAUGUUCUGCAUGCACUGGAUUCACUCAGGUGCACGUGCUGAGGGGCCAGCUGUCCGUGGAGGUUUGCGCUCGAAGCGAGGCCCAGACCCGAGUUCAGAGGCUGCUGCAGCAGAACACGGACUUGCUGCAGCACAUUUCCCUGCUGGUCAAACAGAUCCAGGAGCUGGAGCUCAAAGCCGGCGCCCAUUUGUCAUCCGUGGGCUCCCAGGACAGUCUUCUGGAGAUCACGUUCCGUGCACGACCCCCCAGCACGCCCAGCGAAGCACUCGCGCCAUCUGGGUCGACGGUAGCCUCCGUCUCCCAGCACCAGAUCAGCGACGGGGCCUGGGUCUCCUUCGUCCCGGGGUCGGGCUCGUCAAGCGCGGGGACACCCGAAAGCGGCCUCGGCGCCGACGCCGUACGUCUGGAGUGCUUUCGGUUCUCCUCGGACAGCCGGGAGCAAAGCGACGGAGCGGGCGAGACGCCCGGCGACGGAGAUCUGCCUGACACUUCACCCACGGGUGAGCGGGUGCUGGGUGCUCUGGAGCUGCUCUGCUUUAGAGAAUCGGGAAUCGGAUCAGAGUACGAGUCCAACACGGAUGAGAGCGACGACCGAGACAGCUGGGGCCACAGCGAGGGAGCCGGGCCGGACGGCGGCGCUCGACUCGCCCACGUGUUGAAUACGGAGACUUUGGCGGACUGCUUAGGGGACGAGAUGGCCGUGUAGAGGUAGAGGCACCGACAGCGCACUCAAGAUGCUCGCACAUUUUUCCAAACGAGUCAGUCCGGCCCGCUUAGCACUUGUUGCUUUUGACAGGAACGUCAAGUUCCGACUUUGUCGCGCUUUUCGUGACUUCCAAAGGAUGGAAAAUUCCAAACGUUUUGGCAAAGCGGGCUCGAAGUCGCAUGCAUGUUGAAUCGUAAAUGUCGUAUCAGUAGCAAAAAUGAAAACUGUCCAAACCUCCGCAGAUGCAAAUGCAAAAAACGAAUGUUACGCUUCUAGUUGGCCGUUGUUCGGCACAUUUGCUAAGAAUGUCAAAGGCUUGUCUUUGUUGCCAGUUCAAUACAACCAAGGUACUGUAAAAGAGGAGGCGUGUCCAUGCACACUCCUUUACCGGUACUGUAAUUCUUCUUUUUUUCUUGUUUGGCUUUCGACCGACUCGCGACUGUUACUGUUCUUCUACCGUGUCUUCAUUUGUGUUUCAAUUUUCCAGUUUGACCGUCUUUGUGCUUGUCCCGUAUGUGAAGCGCUUUCUUACAGCUGCUGCUUUAAGUUGUGUUGCUUUGAAUGGCAUCUUGGCCGGGCUUUCUAUUUGGGCUUUUUCUAUUCUAUUUGGGAUUUUUUUCCUAUUUGGAUGGUCGUCAUAGCGCAGGUAUUUGCUGUUUCCUCGUGCACGGCUCCAUCGGUUUGAUUGAUUUGUUUUGGAAGGGAGGCCAAGUGAUUAAUUGAGGCCUGGUGGAAUGGAGGUUUCUGAUUGGAUGCAGCAAGAUUUUGUUUUUUUUGAUAAGACAGAGAGAUGGUCGUUACAAAGCUUGUGCAUCACCUGCGCAAAUAAUACAAGUCCGGCAUCAGCAUGCCUUGCAAAGUGUGUUCAAUGAAGUGUGUGUAAUCUUCAUGAUUUGUGAACAGGUUGGCUUCCCUGCCUUGCCACAACACAGCGCUCCAUGCUUGUUGCCAUACCAACCAUACUGCGGGAAUAAUACGCGUGACGCAUCCAGCAAGGAUGUGACCAUCUUUGUCUCUUAUAAGCUGCCGACUGACAUCUUUUGGCAUGCAAAACUGGGCACCCCCCCCCCCCUCUCUCAUUGUUUGUCUUAUAAUGCUACUGCACUGUUUAUUUCCAACUCUCGUGUUAAGCAUUGUGUAUUGCCAGCAUAUUGCAGUCGGGCUUCUGUUGCGCCCCACUUUUGGAGAGGCGAAUAAAACAAAUCUGUGCCUUCCAAUACCUCCGGCCAAGUGUCAGCCCAGUUUUGGCAAGCCGCCUUUCAAUGACUAAAUGGUGGACGCGCAGUCUCCAAAUGUGUCCUUCAUUGCCAUCUUUUCCUGACUCGCUCGUACUAACUUAAGUCAAGGGCACUCAAAAAUGAAAGUGCACUUACAAACACUUCGUCGAUGUAU